CUAGUUCGACAGUUUCCAGAGGGAAGUCAUCAGUGGCCAGACGCAUGGAAUUGUGACUCAAGUUUUGUAUUGCUUCUCUUUUUCUCUCUCUCAGAAAGGGAUUUUAGAGUCCGGAUCUCCUUCCCUCAAAAAUGAGGCCCCUCUCGCACUCCGAUUCAGUUCGUAAUCUUAUUAUUUUCUCCCGAGUCUCCGAUAAAGUAAAAGAUUCAUAGAGAGAGAAUGAAACGAACGUGAACUUCAAAAUCAAAUUCGAUCAACAUGUCUCCGGAUGAAAUCGCUAAAGAAGCUAUAAAGCACGCUGUAAAGGCGCUCCGGAAGAGGCAUUUGCUCGAAGAAGGUGCUCAUGCUCCGGCUAUCAUCGCUCUUUCGAAGCCUUUUGCUUCUCAGGGAUCAGAAUGGAAAGAGAAGGCAGAAAACUUGGAACUAGAACUUCAGCAAUGCUAUAAAGCUCAAGCAAGAUUGUCUGAGCAACUUGUGGUAGAAGUGGCAGAGAGCAGAACCUCAAAAGCACUGGUUCUAGAGAAAGAAGCAGUUAUCGCUGAUCUGCAAAAUGAGGUUGCUCAAGCAAGGGAUGAAUGUUACCAAUUAAAGGAGACCUUAGAAGAAAAAACAAAAACUCUAGACUUGGUUGUAAGUGAAAAUCAGGCACUUAGAACACAAUUAGAGGAGAUCACACUGAAAGCUAAAAAUGCAGAGGCUGAAAACAAGAUGUUAGUUGAUCGCUGGAUGUUGCAAAAAAUGCAGGAUGCUGAACGCCUUAAUGAGGCUAAUGCAAUUUAUGAAGAUAUGAUGGGUCGACUCAAGGCCAGCAGCAUAGAACAACUUGCUCGGCAGCAAGUUGAUGGUGUAGUCCGCCAAUAUGAAGCAGGUGCUGAGAACUUUGUAGAAUCAACUGUUCCUACUAAAUGCAAAUACAGGAUUCAUGCACAUGAAGGUGGCUGUGGUUCAAUAAUGUUUGAACACAAUUCCGAUAAAUUAAUUACUGGGGGCCAUGACCGCACAAUAAAAAUGUGGGAUACAAAAACUGGAGUAGUAAGCUGUACUCUUCAGGGAUGCCUUGGCACUGUUCUUGAUCUUAGUCUUACCCAUGAUAACAGAUCUAUUAUCGCAGCCAGCAGCUCAAACAACUUGUACAUGUGGGAUGUGACGACUGGUCGGAUCCGUCAUACCCUUACAGGACACACAGAUAAAGUAUGUGCUGUGGAUGUGAGCAAAAUUUCAAGCCGCCGUGCAGUGAGUGCUGCUUAUGAUCGAACAAUAAAAACUUGGGAUCUACAGAAAGGUUAUUGUGUCAACACACUCAUCUGUCAUAGCAACUGCAAUGCUCUUUGUUUCAGCUUGGAUGGACAGACAAUUUGUUCAGGUCAUGUUGAUGGAAACCUUCGCAUAUGGGAUCUUCAGACAGGGAGGCUUCUUAGUGAAAUUGCUGCGCAUUCACAAGCUAUCACAUCAAUCUGUCCAUCUCAAAGUGGCAAUGUUGUGUUGACGAGUGGAAGAGACAACUUGCAUAAUCUAUUUGACAUGAGGUCUCUGGAAGUUUGUGGUACAUUAAGAGCAAAUGAAAACAGAGUGGCAUCCAAUUGGAGCCGUUCGUGUAUGAGUGGAGAUGACAAUUAUGUUGCAGCAGGAUCUGCUGAUGGGUCUAUUUGCAUUUGGUCACGAUCAAGAACCGAUACUGUUUGCACUCUAAGGGAACAUACUGCUCCUGUCCUUUCUUGUUCAUGGAGUGAACUGGGACAACCCCUGGCUUCCGCUGAUAAAAGUGGAAAUAUUUGUAUAUGGGCGUGAUUAGUCAUGUCUGUACUGAUUUUGCAUUUCUUCAUCAUGUAUUGGCCUCAGAAUCAUACCCCUAGUCUUACCACAUACAUUGUAAGCCACUAUUAAAUAUUUUGGCGCAACUAGCUUGUACAUAGAGAUGCAGUGAUGAGUUUCAUAGUCAUCUUUAUAUGGGGUUUGGGGGAUGGGCUACCCCCGUUGUGUUGCGCCAUGGAACCAAAAAUAAAGAACGGGAAGUACCAGAUAUUCAUUUUGAACAGUUAAUCAAAGAGGUCCAAUGGUCUAAACAUCAUUGCCUACUUAUAGUGCGAAAAACAUGGGCAAGGGCAGUUACUGCUUAAUUGUAUGAGUUAUAGGUCUCGGUUCUCGCCAUGAUGAAUGAAAUGAGCCUGGAUUUCUGAACUUGAA